ACCUCCCCCCUUCCUCCGCAGGCCUCCCUCAUGAGCCAGGACAACGCUCUCUUCAGGCAGCUCCUCACCCUUCACGACUCCAUCUCGGCCCUCAAGAGCGCGCCCCUCCACGCCCUCCGGCCCCCCUCGCCCUCCUCCCUCGACUCCUUCACCGAGGAGGAAGAGGAGGACGAGGAGGAGGAGGAAGAAGACGAGGAAGAGGAAGAAGACAAGAGGGAAAAUGAGUCUAAUCUGCAGGUGGCGGUUGAGGAAGGACGAACACAGAAGACAUCGAAGGUGGAGGAUCUGUCGGAGGUGGACGAGGGCCUGGACACGGACCACUCCACCAGCCACUCCACUAGUCCCUCCUCCACACUCUCCUCCAAGUACUCCUGGAACUCCCAAUACUCCCACUCCUCUUCGAAGGUCCCGCCUCCUGCAGCAGGUCACCUCUCAGUGAGGGGAGGCAGCACAGCUCCAGCCACUUCCGGUCCAUCAGAACAAGUCCCUCUCGAGGCCAGCACACACACCAUCCCAGCCACACAUAGUGAUGAGGAGUCCUUCACCAGCAUCACCAACAUCACCAGCAGCAAGUACAGCAUCACCACCAAUGAAGACUUCAACAUCAACAUUGCCAUCAACAGCAAUAAUGCAGGAUCCUCCCUCUCCAGCGAAACAGCCCAGCGAUCCAUCAGUACUUCCUGCCUCUCUAAGAGUAGUUGCUACAUUUCUAGCAUUAGUCCUGAGCCCAACAUAACAAAAACAUUUGGGGGAAGUCUUGGAAGUUUCACAUCAAAGGGGGCUCGACUUACUCGCAAUCGGGUGUCCAUUCCUCCCUCUGCAAGAAACAGAGAUCGCAGUGCUCGUCCAGAGUCCUUCAGGCUCUCCUCGGACAUGGCAAGUCACACACGUGUUCUCCUGAAGGCAAGGUCCUUCGCUGGAGAUACUCACAAGUAUAGAAAUGGGAGACAUUAUGCAAGGACAUCACUGAGAGAAGACCAGCUGAGGCACUCCAUGGACCAGCACAUGGCAAUGAGCAAAAUGGAUUAUCACCAUAACAAUUUUACUACCACAUGUAAGGCACCAUCAGGCACUGUUUCUCGUGCCAACAGCCAGUGUGACAAACAUGAGGCCACUGACUCAGCAGAAGAGGAGGCAGCAGGUGCAGACUUUCAUCACCUAGAAACUAAUUCUGUAGAGGAAACAAGUAUUGUAAUCAUAAACACACGAACGAGGCAAGAGAAGAUCUACUAUGGAUCCAGCUGGGAGCAGGAUUAUGAAGCAACAACACUGACUAAUGAGGAGUUGAAGGACCCAGUCAGCUCUCAGUGGACUGAACCUCCCAGUGCAAAUUCGUCUUUCUCAUCCCCAGCUGCACCUGAAAAUAAGCUGCCUCCUAAAUACAUGACCAGUGUAAUCAUCACUGACUCAGGAUCAGAAAGAGAUUCCAUUGACUCAUCCAGAGCUCAUAUGGUGCGAGCACGAUCAUUCACUGGCCUGAUGACAUCCCGUGGACCCACAUCCGUUGGCCCUUCCCCAACAAGAGAGAGACUGGAUGGUGCUACUGGUCCCUCACAUUUCAAACUCCCAAUGAGGGAAAAUUGUGACCGGUUGCUGCACAUGACAGCAGGAACACGCAGGGCCAGGCUGUCGCGAGAAGGGAAGUCACUUCGUUUCUCAAGUGACCUGGGAUAUGGUGCACUUCCCAAAUCCAAGAAGGAAGUGUUUGUGUGAAGACAGACAUUCUUGUGUCCAACAUCUUUGGUUCCUCCUAAAUACCCUAUAAAUUUCCCUCAUAUUCUUUGUUAUGCCAGCUCUCAUGUGUUAUGUUAAACUCAUUCCGAUGUAAUAUUCUGAACACACAUUUAGCAGACAAACCCCACGGGCUCCAAUACAAAGCUGCCCUUGUUGGGUGGACUGGGUCGACGUGUGUCCUGAGAGUGGCGGGUGAGACUGUCCAUUGCCUUGACCUGGAUAAAGGAGACAAUUUAUCUGAGACUGUAUGGGAUCAGAGGCUUGGUCAGUCCUCCACCCAGUACUGUCUUUGAUGGCCCUUAAAGUGGCCUAUAUACUUAUACUUUCCCACAAAAUGUAUUACUCGUUUUGUAAAGGAUGCUUUAUUAACCUUAACUGCUAUGACCUUAACUACUCUAGUGACAGAUCUCACAGACACCACUUCUCAUGAGUGCUACUGUGUUUACCGGAAGACUUUUUGAGAAGGGUAGUGGGUGGUGAGGCAGUGCUCCCACACCGCCCUUACCUAGUGAUAUUCGAUGCCUUAAGCUGCACAUACUCAGCCCUUUGUAUAUAUCCCUCAUAUAUAAGGAAAUACUAUAUCCCCUUUCAGCUCCUGCCAGCAGUAAUGAGGUGCCUUCCUCUGCCUCACCCAUGUAGGCUGCUUGGUGACGUCCUGUACAUAAACAAGCUUCAGUAUGGAAACUAUCCUUGUUUAAAAAAUGAAAAAAAACUGUACAUAAAUUCCUGUAAUCUAUGGUAAUGAUUAAGGUUGUAUAUUGAGAGUAAUAAUAAACAACUGAUUAUUC